ACAUAAGUGGCACGGUUUGCAUUGUUGAUAUUAUGACACUGACCAUUUACGAAUUCAAUGAACUUUAGAUUGGCGCUGCCUUUUGAAAUUAAUUGUAUACACUUGUAGACCAAAUUAAUUGUUAUUAAAAAUGCAUUAUUUUAUGUGAUUUGUGCUAACCACAGCACCUUUGCGUAUUGUAAUACAUUGUUUAAUCAUAGAUUUUACGGUCGAAUGAUAUCCAACUUAAUCUAAUGUUACUAUAGCAACCACUGUUAUAAGGAUAAUCGUUGAAAGGAACGAUAUGACGGAUCCAAUUUAGAACCUGAAUCAUAUACUAAAAAAAUCCAGGCUUUUUAGUAAACAACUUUUAAAAUAUAAUGGAAAGUUUAAAAGAAGAUGCAAUCCACCAUACAGCUAUGAAAUUAGCCGAAGAAUUGAAAAACUUGUCCAUUUACAAAUCAUUUUAUAGCGAUGUUCAAAAAUUAGUUUCGUCACCGAACGUAAAGAAAGAGGAUUUCAAACAGACACUUCAACAGGCAAUGAAAGAAAAGGGCUUGGAUACAAAAUUACGAAACACAGUUUUCCAUUGGGUACGAUCACAGAAUAAGCAAAAUAAACUCGAUCCUCUAACAUCAUUAUCAAAAGCAAGUGCGCAAUGGGAAAAAAGGAUUCACAAAUCACUAAAUUCGAUGUGUUCAGAUUUAGAAACGUCUUUGGCGAAGGUGCGAUCCCAAAGCGAGCAAGAGGAACUCUCGGAUAAGUGGAAUGAGCUUAGUACAUACAAUUCAGAUUUAUCAAAAUACAGACCCGUGUAUGCACCAAAGGAUUUUUUAGAAGUUUUAUUGACGUUAUCUGGAUAUGUUCCUUAUACUAAAGAAGGUGAACCUAAGUGGGAAUUCGCUCAUCUGCCCCUUCAAGUUAAGAAUUUAGAUCAAUUGCGUAAAAUAUACCUGGAAUGGACAAACGGUGAACCCUUGUUAGGUGUCAAUCCGAAUAUGCCCAGUGCAGUCACUGGAUUUUCAACUAUAGAAGCGGAAAGAAUAGGUUUAGGUGAAAGGGUCACGACUUUGGGCUACGCGCCAGUUAUUCAAGAGUACUUGAAGAAGGGAAGCCCUCAGUGCUUGAGGGCGAAGCUUUGGGCUCAAGUACUUGGUGCUGAUGUUGGUGCACAGCAAACGGCGUACUUCAAUAGACUAAAAAAGAGUGUGCUGGAAGUGGAUCUGAUGAUUGACAAGUUGAUCUUUAAAGAUGUUCAGCUGACCGCAUCUAACGAUGACCAAUAUUUUGUUUUUGAAGAUUUAUUGUAUCAGGUUAUGCUCUGUUUCUCGAGAGAUAGUGAUGUCCUACACAACCUAAAAGGCUCUAUUGGUAAUGCUCUAAAUGUCACGAUCAAAGGUAAACAGACAUCUGCUGACAGUAUCACAGUUUUCCCGCCAAGUGGAAUUAUUCCUUUUCAUGGCUUCACUAUGUACGCGACCCCAUUUUGUUACAUAUAUGACGAUCCUGUGCAAUUGUAUUUUAUUUUUCGAGCGUUUUAUAUUCGCUACUGGCACAAAUUGCAUUAUAUUUCUACACACCCGCAGGGUAUUGUGUCGCUUUGUUUACUGUAUGAGAGGUUAUUAGAAGCAAACGAACCGUUAUUAUGGAUUCAUUUUCGAAAUAUUAAUAUCAAUCCAAUACGUGUAGUUUUCAAAUGGAUAAUGCGGGCGUUCAGCGGUCACUUACCGCCUGACCAACUUUUGCUGUUGUGGGACACCAUAUUGGGCUACGAUUGUUUAGAAAUUCUACCAUUAUUGGCGCUGGCAAUACUGAGCUUUAGGAAGGAGAAUAUAUUUCAAGUGAACACCAUACAAAAUGUCGACGCUGUUUUGGCUGACCUGUCUACCAUAUCCGUCAUUCCUCUGUUGCAAUUGACUUUGAUGAAGCCUCAAUAAAGUUUUCGUUUUCUAGUAUGAAGUGUUAUUUAAAAGUUAAAACCAUUUUCUUUGGGACAUACGAAAUGCCUUAGAACGAACAAUAUGUAAAAUGGAGUAGAUAUCUAAAAGCAAUAAUUCAUAUUUGUAUACAAAACGUGGUAGUACUCCGCGGGCGAGUUUGGAACUAAAUGUAUUCUUUCGAGCUGUCUGUAAGAGACUAUCGCAUUGACAUAUACUAAUUAAUCUGUGCGUUUGACUGUCAAGCUGGCAGUAAUUUCGAAUACUUAACAAAUCUGUUGUAAAGUUUGAGCUAAGGGUGACAUUUAGAAACGGG